AUGGCUGAGACUUUCGAGUUCCAGGCUGAGAUCUCUCAGCUUCUCUCCCUCAUCAUUAACACCGUCUACUCCAACAAGGAGAUUUUCCUGCGAGAGCUCGUCUCCAACGCUUCCGAUGCCCUCGACAAGAUUCGCUACAAGGCGCUCUCCGAUCCUAGCCAGCUUGACUCUGGCAAGGAUCUGCGCAUCGACAUCAUCCCCAACAAGGAGGCCAAGACUCUCACCAUCCGUGAUACCGGUAUUGGUAUGACCAAGGCUGACCUCGUCAACAACCUUGGUACGAUCGCCCGUUCCGGCACCAAGCAAUUUAUGGAGGCGCUCACCGCCGGUGCCGAUGUCUCCAUGAUUGGUCAGUUCGGUGUUGGUUUCUACUCUGCCUACCUUGUCGCCGACCAGGUCCGCGUCAUCUCCAAGCACAACGACGACGAGCAGUACGUCUGGGAGUCUUCUGCCGGUGGUACCUUCAGCAUCACCGCCGACACCGAGGGCGAGCAGCUCGGUCGCGGUACCGCCAUUGUCCUCCACCUGAAGGACGAGCAGGCCGACUACCUCAACGAGGCCAAGAUCAAGGAGGUCAUCAAGAAGCACUCCGAGUUCAUUUCCUACCCCAUCUACCUCCACGUCACCAAGGAGACCGAGAAGGAGGUCCCUGAUGAGGACGCUGAGGAGGUUGAGGAGGUCGAUGAUGACAAGAAGCCCAAGGUUGAGGAGGUCGACGACGAGGAGGAAGAGAAGAAAAAGAAGACCAAGACCAUCAAGGAGACCAAGGUUGAGGAGGAGGAGCUCAACAAGCAGAAGCCCAUCUGGACUCGCAACCCCCAAGAUAUCAACCAGGAGGAGUACGCCUCGUUCUACAAGUCGCUCUCCAACGACUGGGAGGACCACCUCGCCGUCAAGCACUUCUCCGUUGAGGGUCAGCUCGAGUUCCGUGCCAUCCUCUUCGUCCCCAAGCGUGCUCCCUUCGAUCUCUUCGAGACCAAGAAGACCAAGAACAACAUCAAGCUCUAUGUCCGUCGCGUCUUCAUCACUGAUGAUGCUACUGAGCUCAUCCCUGAGUGGCUGUCCUUCGUCAAGGGCGUUGUCGACUCUGAGGACCUUCCCCUCAACCUGUCUCGUGAGACCCUUCAGCAGAACAAGAUCAUGAAGGUCAUCAAGAAGAACAUCGUCAAGAAGUCCCUCGAGCUCUUCCAAGAGAUUGCGGAGGACAAGGAGCAGUUCGACAAGUUCUACAGCGCCUUCUCCAAGAACCUCAAGCUUGGUAUCCACGAGGAUUCCCAGAACCGCACCAUCCUUGCCAAGCUCCUCCGCUUCAACUCCACCAAGUCUGGCGAUGAGUUGACCUCUCUCACCGACUACGUCACCCGCAUGCCCGAGCACCAGCAGAACAUGUACUACAUCACCGGCGAGUCCAUCAAGGCCGUCUCCAAGUCCCCCUUCCUUGACACCCUCAAGGAGAAGGGCUUCGAGGUUCUCUUCCUUGUCGACCCCAUCGACGAGUACGCCAUGACUCAGCUGAAGGAGUUCGAGGGCAAGAAGCUCGUUGAUAUCACCAAGGAUUUCGAGCUUGAGGAGACUGAGGACGAGAAGAAGGCCCGCGAGGCUGAGGAGAAGGAGUACGAGGACCUUGCCAAGGCCCUCAAGAACGUUCUCGGCGAGAAGGUUGAGAAGGUCGUCGUCUCCCAGAAGCUCGGCCUCUCCCCUUGCGCUAUCCGUACUGGCCAGUUCGGUUGGUCCGCCAACAUGGAGCGUAUCAUGAAGGCCCAGGCUCUCCGUGACACCUCCAUGUCCAGCUACAUGUCUUCCAAGAAGACCUUCGAGAUCUCCCCCAAGUCCCCCAUCAUCAAGGAGCUCAAGUCCAAGGUCGAGGCCGAUGGCGAGAACGACCGCACCGUCAAGUCCAUUGUGCAGCUUCUCUUCGAGACCUCGCUCCUUGUCUCCGGUUUCACCAUUGACGAGCCUGCUGGCUUCGCCGAGCGCAUCCACAAGCUUGUUCAGCUUGGCCUCAACAUUGAGGAGGAUGACUCUGCCCCCGCUGAGGUUGCUGCUGAUGCUGAUGCUCCUGCUGCUGCCCCUGCUGACAGCGCCAUGGAGGAGGUUGACUAA